AGCCCGUGCAGAUCAUCCUAUCCUACUCGUAGAUCUACUCCUGAUCCUGGCUUUUUUCGAAGUAGCAUUACAUCUAUUGUAGCUGUAUCCUGUAUCGUCGAAAAAGAAAGACGAGGUAGACGAUUGCGGUAGUAAAAGAACUGCCACAGUGCCAGGCUGUGCCAGCCAGUAUUGCCAUCAGUUCUAAACAAAGACUGUGAAGUGUGAUGCCUGUAUCUGUGGCGUGAUUGUGCUUCACCCACUCACGUACUCGCUGGAUCAACUAUAGUAUAGUAUGAUCCACUUGAUUUGUUGAGGUCAGAGGAUAGCACAAGUGAGUUUCCUAAGACCUACUAACUAGGUCAUCGAUGUCUUCGUAUAUCAUGCCUAGUCCAAUUGACUCAGAAAAUUACUUCCACGAAGAAGAAGGAGCCAUGGACUCGCCAAGUCAGCAGCGCCGAAGGUCGGGUUCAUCAUCUCAGAGGAAAAGUGGUGGUGUCGUUCGUGCUUUGCGUGAACUGGGAAAGAGACCAUGGUUGCCCUCACCACUAGAUGCUGCGACCAAAUGGCUGACACCUUCAUACGAGACCAAGAACGAGGACUUCAGACGUCUGUUCAAGUCUUUGCCACCCAAUGCUAUGCUCUUAGACGACUAUUCUUGCGCACUACAGAGAGAUAUCCUAGUCCAUGGUAGAAUGUACGUGUCUCAGGAUCACGUCAGCUUUUACGCCAAUAUUUUUGGAUGGGAGACCAUUGUUGUCAUACCUCUGAAGCGGAUUACCAGUGUGACACGCGAGAAGACUGCUCACGUGUUUCCAAAUGCUAUUCAGAUUUUACUCAGUGAUGGUGUAGAAAUCAAUGGGACAUUUUCCAGUGACCCGAAGCCUCAUUCAAGCACUGGGGCUACUGGAGCCACUGCACCAGCACCAGUGGAAACGUCAGGGGAAACUGAUCGCACAACUCGGCACAACAAGCUCUGGUUUACGUCUUUUGUUUCCCGUGACACGACACACACAGUUCUUAUGAAGGCCUGGCAAAAUGUUCUUGUGGAUAGUCCUCUUUCGCCUGUACAGCUGCGCAACUUUGCGUGUCGUUGCUGGGGAGAGAAGCCUGACGUUACACCAGCCAUGGCGCGUGCCAUCAUGAGUGAUGCAUCGAUCGUUGCGGGUGACACUGGCAGCGCUAGCACUGGCAGUGACUUCGCGUCAUCCGGCAGUGUGUGCGGGGACGCUACGGUGGCAGCGGAUACUGGUGACUUUGAACUAGUUCAACAAUCCAGCGAGGCAAAAGACAAGCAAGAGAGUGUGGAUAUGGAGAGCUGUGAGCCAGUGGUGGAGGACACAAUGCCUGAACCGGAUGAGCCUGUACAGUGUGGCUGCACUGUUCACAAGGAGACUUAUCUCAACCAGACAUUCAACUGCUCGGUAGAUAUCCUGUUUCAGCUUCUCUUUACCAACUCUGAAUUCUACAAAGUGUUCUGCCGGGAGCACAAGACAAUAGAUCUUCGAAUGCAGGAGUGGACACCUACUGAUGGUGAUGGCCAACGUCGUGAGGUUACGUAUACCUUAACGCUGAACAAGACGAUGGGUCCGAAGUUCUCACCAACCACCGAGACGCAGCACUGCUUGGAAGGAAGUUCUCCUGGAAAGAUGUAUCGAGUUGAUGUUGAGGUGUGCAAUGGUGGCAUUCCAUACGGCGACGUCUUCUGCACGGAGCAUCGCUACUGUCUGACGUAUCUCUCUCGGUUCCAGUCUCACUUGCACGUCGGAGCUGAUAUUCACUACCGGAAGUCUUGCUGGGGUCUUGUCAAGACAUUCAUUGAACGCCACUGCUUUCAAGGAAUGGAGAGCUACUACAAGGACCUGGCAAACAGUCUGGACGAGGAAUGCCUCAAGCUACCGACUCCGGCUGGUGUCAACUCGCAUCGGCCAUCUCGCUCGCCCAGUCUGUCUGGCAGCUUAGCAUCGCUUCCCAGUGAUAAAGCAUCCUCUGCAAGUGUGCAACAAGACCAGCUGAGUGAGAGCAGCACCCCUGCAGCUGACAAUGUAAACGCUGUGUGUCGGUGCGGGGCUUCCAUCUCAUCUGGCAAGCGUUCCGGCAGCUCUCGUUCAACGAGCCCCGCUCAGUUGUCCUCCGCAGCCUCGGCACCAGCGUUAUCCGAGCCCGUGUGGACGUUUUCAAACAUCCUCAUGGUUUGCCUGCUGGUUGCUCUCAUCUUGAAUAUCCUACUUCUGCUUCGCCUCACCUUCCAUACUCCGGUCAUGUUAAACCAAGCACAAUCGUUUGGCUCCGCUGAGGACGUCUUUGCAGCGCAGCUGGACCAGUGGAAGGCCGCUAUGUUCCGGCGGCAGCAAGCACUUCAAACGUCGUUCGAUGCAUUUCCGCAGCUCUCACAGGGCGUAGCUGAUUACCUCGUGCCCCCGUUGGAGGACAAAUAGUGACGCAGGCUCAUUGCGUCACUUCUUGUCAUGUCUUGUGCGGUAUGUGAAGAUCGUCCACGUGUAGUUUCCAUGCAGGUGCUUGGCUUUAUAAACAGUUCUUGAGAAUGUUCAGUGUUCUAACCUCUCUCUCUCUCUAUCAUUUCAGCUUCCUAUAUUGAUCUCUUUUUUUAAUUACAUCAAAGCGUGCAGAAUUUUCUCAUUUUUAUCCAACCAAUGGUUGUCAUGAAAUCAUUUACACUUGUCCACUUUCAUACAAAUUAGGCAGCCGUUCCCCCAUUGCAACCUGGACCGUUUUGUCCUGUUUUGUUUCAUUUUGACUUGAUGUUGCAUGCCAUUGCACGAAACUUCUCACAAAAUCACAUCGCUUCACUAGCAUCUGGCUUUGGCUUUUUAUAGUCCAUCGUCCAUUACUGGCAUUAGUCACCCGCCUCGCUACUGUGCUUAACCAUUGCAUUGCUCGCCAACGACACUUGCGGUCACUUUUCAACUUGUUUGUGUGUAGGCAACAUGCAGCUGGCUUUGCUGUUACCUACUUUGUUUUAUUAUCGAAAUGGUGAUAGUCCUGGUGUUUUAAAUGUUCUUUUCAGAUUUAAUCAUCUCAUUAUUUUUUAAUCACAACCUUGUCGAAGUCAUUAUCGGAACAAAGUGCUAAUUUGCGCUUCUUCUUCUUCUCUUUUGAUAUCCAUCCAAUCGUUGUGUGUAGUGGCCAGUGAUCUAGUUCUAGUUUGUAUCCAUAUAGAAUCUA